CACAACAGCAAGCACAACCUUUUUCUUUCCACCACCGGUUCCUGUCCCUCUGGCUUGAAGAGGCUGUCUUCUCUUUCUCGCCCUCCAAGCUAGAAUCAAGGGGCGCCGGGUUUGGAGCGACGGUUUUGCCUUCCACACUCACUCUCAUUCGAUUUUAAAAAGAAGAGGGCCACUAUGGCGUCGAGGUUCGAAAUGCUUGACAAGCAGCUUGACCGACUAGAAAAGCUCUUCUCCAGGAAGAAGAGAGCCACUGAUUCCCAUGCCUCGGACGCUCAGUCAACAACCAGACCGGCGACGCCAAUGCCGUUCCUGACCGGGUUUGAUGCGACUACCUUGAAAUUUCCGCAGGCAUCGUACAUUAGACCUACAUCUUCCCGCAUGAUGGCCAGGGACGAGGUGCUGUUGUCACCAAACUCGCGGCGGGCUAGAAGCCUUCCCGAAUCACCAAGCACACCUCGGCUUCCGGCUUCAGCAUCCACGACUGGCAAUGAAAACGACGGGUGUCCUGCCAUUCCGGCGCGGUACUCUUCGUUUGGUUCCAGCGCCAUCCAGAGGUCUUCACUUUGCCCCGACUCGAGCAAUGAUGACACGUCGUCGGAUUUCCUGGAGUUUAGCUUCUCCACUGCGUCGAGAGACUCCGACUGCGAUACAACACCAAGUCGGCGAUCUAGACCUGUGUCGAAGCCGUUGAUUCGAACUCCGACGGUUUCUGUCUCUCCGAAGGCCCGGCCCGACCGGAAGCGGCACUCUACCGUUGCUGCAGAUAAAGCGUCUCUACUUGAGAACCAAGUCGGUAUCACAGCCCAGCAGCAUGACACUUCGGGUCUGGCGCCACUGCAGCGAGAAAGCCACUGCUUAGGGUUUACUUCGCGGGAAUAUCUGGCGCCAUCCAUGUUGUCUCCCGUAGACGACAGCGUCAGAAAUGUUUCACACCGACCGAAGAGCUUGUUGCCCAUCGGGACCAACAUCAAACAUGCCAGCGAAAGCUUGCGCAAGUCGAUUAGCUUAUCCAAUCUACCGACGGCGAAGACUGCGGAUUCCGACCCUAUCCUUAAGGAGCCUAGUGUCAAGGAUUUCCUCGCUUUGAGUGAUGAUGAUAUCGCUGACGGCCAUGCUGCCUCCCGAACUCGACCUUCAGCGACCAACCCUCCGAACUUUGGGUUGCCGCCGAAUCCUUCAUCGGCUUCCACACCCGUCCGGACCAAGCCAGCCUAUCCCCUUCUCACACUCUCACCUCCACUGGCCAGCCGCCCCGCCACCGCGGCAGCCUUCGAGGCCGCGAGAAUUGCGACAAAGUAUCAAUUCGACCUUGUCUACGUCGUCAAUCUAUGGCCAGGCCACUUGAGCCGCCCCAGCAGUUCUUCGCCCCUCAGUCAGUUCUGCGGCACCCCCGUCACAACGUCUCCGACCCGGACCGGGACACCUUCCCCGCCCCAGUCCCCCGUGUCCAACGCUUCAAGCUACGACAGCAGCUUCGAGUCGCGGACGCCCGUGCCCCGCGACAACUCCCGAAGCGCCACGACCGGCCGCUUGCUCGCCGCAUACGGCCUGCCCUCCAUCAUGUACCCCUUCCGCAUCUCCGCCCCGGUCCACCAGAAGGUGCUGCGCACCCAGGGCUGGCUGGAGUACCGCAACGAGACGGGCGCCCAGGACGAGUUCGCCCGCGGCUACAGCUGCGCCUUCUACACGGGCCACAGCCCCGCCCGGCACGAGUCCGACCCCGCUACCACCACCACCCCCGACGGCAAGCCGAGGCAGCAGCAGCAGCAGCAGCAGCAACAACCACAAAAAAAGAAGCCGGCUAACCGCGGCAUCGUCUUUGCCGCGUUCCGGCUGCCCGGCCCGGACGGCACGCCUGUCUGCAGCAGUGCCGAGGAGCUCGAGGCGCUCCACCGGGACGCCGAGGCCCUGGUCGACAUGCUGAUCGACAUCCACAUGACGCAGCGCCACAGACAGGUCCCGGCCACGCCGACGCGCAGGUGUGUUAGUGGUGUUGGUGGUGCGGGCGGGCGGACGAUCAAGACCGCGCCGCCGUUGGUUGCCAUCUAGGCUGCGGAGACGGCGGAGGUCGAAAGAGCAUUCUGCGGUGCGUUUGCCGCGGAGUUUAGGAUUGCUCGAGGCUUGCCGUUAUGGCUUGGUUAGGCGGCCGGACUUGGUGACAUCGUCUGCCGAGAUUUGGAGGCCCUUGGUUCCGCUUUGGCAUUGAGGAAUCAUCAUCCGGGGCAGCAGA